CAUGGGAACGUAGGGGCCGAGACCAGGUGGUGCUUCUGCAAGCCAAGGAACCUCAGAGGAUGGCGGCCCCCAGAAGCUGGGAGGCUGGGACUGUCCCCAGGGCCCCCCCUCUGCCCACUGCUUGGACUCCGGGCCCCAGGACUGAGAGCACAUUCCUGUUGUUGAAGCUGCUCGGUGGUGGCACCUGGCUCCAGCAGCCGCAGGCAGCGAGUCCACAGGCUCUCCUGUCCCUCCUGUGCCGCCUUCCUCCCCGGAUGGGCCCCGUGAUGAGGUCUCUGUGCGAUGGGGAAACCGAGGCCCCAGCAGACACCUGGGAUGCAGAGACGCCGGCACCGCUAUGUGUCCUCGGGCAAUUCGCUGAACCUUUCUGGGCCUCGGUUUCGCCCCCAUUCCAAAAGCUGAUUCUGCUACCGACUGCUGUGAGGGUCCCAGGGGACGGGAGAGCCUGGGCAGCGCCCACCGGGGCUCAGGAGCUUGCUGACUCUGAGGGAGUGGGGCCGGGCCUGGGCAAGGGGCGAGGACGGGGCCUGCUCGACGUGCUCGGCGCUCCCGGGGUGCCUGCUCGGCGCUCCGCCGGCCGCCCUGCGUACGCUCGCAAGGCGCUCGCAGACUCCGGAGUCGCCAACAUGUCGACCGCCAUGAAUUUCGGGACCAAGAGCUUCCAGCCGCGGCCCCCGGACAAGGGCAGCUUCCCGCUGGAUCACUUAGGUGAAUGUAAAAGCUUUAAAGAGAAAUUCAUGAAGUGUCUUCAUAACAAUAAUUUUGAAAAUGCUUUGUGCAGAAAUGAAUCAAAAGAAUAUUUAGAAUGCAGGAUGGAGAGAAAAUUGAUGCUACAAGAACCAUUGGAGAAACUGGGAUUUGGAGACUUGACUAGUGGAAAAUCAGAGGCAAAAAAAUGAAUUGUGAUGAGAAGACCCCUGGGCCGUGUUCAGUGGUCUCUCGGGACGGAGGGCAUCAUCCUGCCUCUUAGGUCGGCGAAGGCCUGCGUGUGGUGUCCUUAGAAAUGGGCUUCAAAUAGAAGCUCCAGCCCUGUGGGGGCGUCUCCUGGGUAGGGAGUGGCGUCCCGUUUUCCCUUAGGAGGGUGUUUCUGCAUUGAACCCCUGAGUGGGACGGCGUUCCCGGCAAAGCUGGGAGGGAGGCGAGCGUGGGGCGAGACCCUUGUCUUCGAGGCCGGGGCCCUCUUGUAUGGGGUGGUUUUAUGUUGCAGUCCUCUGAUACUUUCUGAGUUCAAAGAGGUAAAUGCAUAAAUUUCAGUCCCUUCUGAACACAGAUAUCAUCAGAAAAUUA